AUGGCUUUCAUCCCUCCCACUUCAUUAGAUUUUUCUAACGAUAAUGAAAAAUUAGACUUCGAAUCGGUACGUGCACUUGUUACCCUUAUCAAGCAGCACAUAGAUUCCCUCUUUGAAGACACUCAAACCUGGAAAUCUUUAAAAUCAAAAUGCACUUCCAAGCUCAAGAUUCAAACACAAGAAUUUUUCGAGUUUUCCGACUACUCAGUACUGUCAAAUCUUUACUGGGGUAUCGAGGGUAUUGAAGAAGCAUUCCAAACUAAAUUCACGGAACAGAAAACCAGCAAGCUGCAGAAUUCAGAGAAACUGCUACAAGAUCCUGCAUCACUUGAUGAAAAUGGAAUGACGCUGGGAUUCCCAAACAUUUAUUUAGUAUGCUGUUCUUAUUUUUACCUCUCAAUAGUUGAGAAACUUCGUAAGAAUGAGUGGCAGGCUGCAAUACAUUUUCUUCAAGCACUUUUAGUUUCCCCCAGGCUUGUUCACUCAGAAUUCGCACCCGGUGUUUGCCAGAAUCUGUUUCUAUUCUGCAUUAGGCACGAAAGUGUUAAAACAUUAGGAAGUCGAAGAAUGAAUGUAGUGUCUUUCACGGAUUUUGAUAAUGAUGAGGUCGAUGAUGCAAUGAGAUGGAUAGCAAGGAAUUACAAGCCCUGGUUGAUGUAUUACCAGAUAAUGUCCCGUGGAGAAAUUACUUCUUCUGAUGAUCAAUCACAAUAUAUCAUGAAUGGGGACACAGAGCCGCAGAUUUCAUACGAAAAGAGAUAUGGCAUGAGGACUCACAACAAUCUUGCGAAGGUGCAUCAUCUUACUAAUAAUGUGGAAAAAGAAACAAUGUAUCAGAGCCAUAAGAAAUUGGCAGCAUAUUCAGAUCAGAGCUCCUGUACAGGAACUGCAGUAAGCUCAAAUAUCAAAUGCCUAAAAGAUAUUUUAACAGAAUCCCAGUCCGAUACACACUCGUGCAAUAGCUCUUCUAUAGAUGAAUGUUUUCCCGAGGAUUAUGCAGAGGAUUCUGAAAGUACAUUGGAAAACAACAGUAAUGAAGAGGAUAAGCCAGCUGAAAUUUUUUAUCAGAAUUUGCAGGCUCCAUCCAAUUCAAAGUUAGAAAAUACGGUAGCUAAUCUUCAGGCUUCUAGACAUCAAACGCGCAGAGAAGCUAAUGAAGUAAAGGUCAUUCAAGGCUUUUCGCAGAGAUUCACGACUUCAUUUUGUGAUGUAGAUAAUUACGUGGAGGACGAAGAGAAACUACAUCUACAUAAUUACAUCAGUUCAAUGACUCUGAAGAAAUGUUCUUCAAGGACAAAGAAAAAAUCGAGUUUCCAACCAACUUUACCUGAUGCUUGUUUACAACCGGAAGGAAGUUUUCACAUCGACCAAAUUGGAUUAUUUCAAAAAAUGAUUUCGAAGUUAUGCUUCACAGAACAAUUGGAGAAUUGUGAGGAAGAACAUACAGUUGAAACGAAAACAAUAUAUAAGUUGUUGAAUAACAAAUCAGGACUGAAAUAUUCCAUUUUGAAGGAUGUAAUAUUGGAUAAGCUACUGACGGAUAUUUCGACUUCCAAAGAGGAGCAGGUAGUAAGAACAUCAGUGUCAAUACUCUCGACUAUUGUUACAGAAAAUAAAUCAGUUGUAGAGGAAGUCAAGAGAAAGGGAUUAAAGUUGUAUGAUUUGGCAACUGCCUUUAAGAGAAAUGUGCACGAGGCUGUUAUUCUUAUCUAUUUAAUAAAUCCAUCUCCUGCAGAAAUCAAGACAUUAGAACUUUUACCUUGUUUGGUCGAGGUUGUCUGCACCUCACAAAGUUACAAGGUGGGCGUAAGAUCGCUCCUGCUUACACCUCCAGCAGCAUCAUUGAUGCUCAUCGAGUUACUAGUAACUGAAUUUGACCAUGAAACAAAUAAUAUGCAUGUAGCGGCAAUCAGCUCUCCCAGAGUACUUUCCGGGCUACUUCUUGUUCCAAGACAAAAUAACCUCGAAGAAUUCAUUUCUUUGGCUUCUAUUCUUGUCAAGUGUAUGCGGUUUGAUGGACAAUGCAGAAAAUACAUAGUAGAAUCUUCUCCGGUGGCUACUUUUGUAUCUCUCCUAUGGAGCAACCAAAAGCGUGCAACACACAUAGCACUAGAAUUUUUCCAUGAAUUGCUUCGAAUGCCACGCUCAUCUGCCAUAAAUUUACUGAAGCAAAUACAAAAUGAAGGAAGCAUCGACAGUAUGUGUGCUCUAUUGCUACUCAUCCAGAAUUCUGAUCCUGACUACAAGCUUCUAGCGGCAAAUUUGUUAUUGCAGUUGGAAAUGCUGGAAGAUGCAUCUGCAAAAUGCAUAUAUAGGGAACAGGCUGUGGAUGCGCUUCUUGAAUCACUGACAUAUGAAGAGAACACUAUCACGCAGUCAUUGUCGGCAUUCAUCCUAUCAAAUUUGGGUGGAACUUUUUCUUGGACAGGGGAGUCAUAUACAGCAGCUUGGUUGGUGAAAAAAUCCGGUUUGACCUCACUAGAUCACAAGAAUAUGAUAAGGAACUGUGACUUCCUGGAUCAAAGCCUACAGGCAAGUUUUUGUUCAAGUUCUCAUUGCAUCACCUGCAAAAUCGCACAGCGUAUGUUAAAUUUCGGAACUUCUGUCUUCCAUGCUUUGGAGAAGGGUCUUAAGAGCAAGUCCAAAAGAGUAUCACGAGACUGCCUUACAGCUAUUGCUUGGCUCGGGAGUGAAGUUGUGAAAUGUCCAAAAGAAUUGAGAAAUGCUGCGUGUGAGAUUUUACUAAAUACAAUUGUGCAAUAUGUGCAUCCCGGGUUCGAUCUUGAAGAAAGACUCUUGGCUUGUCUAUGCAUCUAUAACUACACUUCUGGCAGAGGAAUGAAGAAAAUAAUUAAUCUAUCAGAAGGAGUACGAGAAUCACUGAGACGCCUUUCAAAUGUUACCUGGAUGGCUGAAGAAUUACUGAAAGUAGCUGAUUUUUUCCAGCCAAAUAAGUGGAGAAUAUCUUGUGUUCAUAGACACAUUCUGGAGGCAGGACAUAAAUGUAGUGAAGCUGUAACUGCCCUCAUCUACUACACAGGACAGCUUUAUAGUGGAUAUGCAGAUGGUUCAAUCAAGGUUUGGAGCAUCAAAGGACAGACGGCCACACUUGUAGAGGACAUCAAGGAGCACAAAAAAGCUGUGACGUGCUUUUCGCUUUAUGAACCAGGGAACUGUCUUUUGAGUGGAUCUGCUGACAAAACGAUUAAGAUUUGGCAAAUGGUCCAGAGGAAACUAGAAUGCAUCGAUGUCAUACCAACAAAAGAAUCAAUCAGAAGUAUAGAUUCUUGGGGCGAACUGAUUUUCGCAACCACCCAAAGCCAUAAAGUGAAGGUUUUUGAUGCAUCAAGAAAAGUUGAUGAUAUUUUCAAGAGUAAACGAGUGAAGUGCAUAAGGGUAGCCCAGGGAAAGUUGUACAUAGGCUGCAUGGAUUCAAGCAUACAGGAGUUAGUUAUAACAAACAGCCGGAAGCUAGAGAUCAAAGCACCAUCGAAGAGUUGGAUGCAGAACAAGCCCAUAAAUUCAGUUGCUAUAUACAAGGACUGUCUAUAUAGCGCAAGUUUAGUCCUCGAAGGUUCAAAGAUCAAGGAUUGGAGAAAAAACAACAGUCCCCAAAUAUCUGUGGUGCCAGAGAAGGGGGCAAGCAUUCUUGCGAUGGAAGUAGUGGAGGAUUUUAUAUACUUAAACUGCAGCACAUCAAUGAGCAGCCUUCAGAUAUGGUUGAGAGGGACACAACACAGAGUUGGCAGACUAUCAGCUGGCAGCAAGAUAACGAGCCUACUCUCAGCCAAUGACAUGAUUCUAUGCGGUACAGAGACAGGAUUGAUCAUGGGUUGGAUUCCCCUCUAG